GCGGCGCAGGCCGGGGGCGCCCCGGGGCCGGCGAGCGGGGGCCCCGGCGCCGUCGGGGGCGCCUCGGGGAAGCCGGCGCUGGAGGAUCUAUACUGGAUGAGCGGCUACCAGCACCACCUGAACCCGGAGGCGCUCAACCUGACGCCCGAGGACGCGGUGGAGGCGCUCAUCGGCAGCGGCCACCACGCCGGGCACCACGGCGCGCACCACCCGGCGGCCGCCGCGGCCUACGAGGCCUUCCGGGGCCAGAGCUUCGCGGGUGGCGGUGGCGCGGACGACAUGGGCGCCGGCCACCACCACGGCGCGCACCACGCCCCCCCCCACCACCAUGCCGCCCACCACCAUCACCACCACCACCACGGCGGCGGGGGCCACCACGGCGGCGCGGGCCACGGCGGCGGCGGCGCAGGCCACCACGUGCGCCUGGAGGAGCGCUUCUCCGACGACCAGCUGGUGUCCAUGUCGGUGCGGGAGCUGAACCGGCAGCUCCGCGGCUUCAGUAAGGAGGAGGUCAUCCGGCUGAAGCAGAAGCGGCGCACGCUCAAGAACCGCGGCUACGCGCAGUCCUGCCGCUUCAAGCGGGUGCAGCAGCGGCACAUUCUGGAGAGCGAGAAGUGCCAGCUCCAGAGCCAGGUGGAGCAGCUGAAGCUGGAGGUGGGGCGCCUGGCCAAGGAGCGGGACCUGUACAAGGAGAAAUACGAGAAGCUGGCGGGCCGGGGUGGCCCCGGGGGCGCGGGCGGGGCCGGCUUUCCGCGGGAGUCCUCGCCGCCGCAGGUCGGCCCCGGCGGGGCCAAGGGCGCGCCCGACUUCUUCCUGUGAGCGCCGGACCGAGCCCGCGCCGCCGCCCGGAGGAGGCUCGGACCCGCGGCCCAGGACGCGGCCGUAGGCCGGGCCGGCCCUGCGCGCCCCGCUGCCCAGUCUGCCGGCGCCGGACUGGAGCCCCUUCCCGCGGCGGGGCCUCCGCGCUCAGCCCCGAGCGCGUCCCGCCGCUGCCGCGACUACCCUGCGCCGGGCGCGGCGCCUUCCAGGAGGGCGGGCCGGGCCGACCUUGCCCGCAGCUCCGCUUGUACAGACGUCGGACGCGGUUCUCACUCCGACGCGCCCCGCCCUCCUGGGUUUUCUUUCUUUCUGCCUCCCUUCCUCGCCCGUUUUUACUCCUCCUUUUUAAAGCGGUCUUAUUUUCGAAGUAUUUAUAUUUAUUUUGCUCGUUGACUAGAUAACCCCGGAGGAAGCUCCCUCCUUCCUGGCCGGGGUCGCCCUCAGACGUCGCGUGUCCCAGCAUGUGUCGCUAGCUCGGAGGGGCCCGACCCCUGCCCGCCCUCCUGCCCGCCUGCCCCCCACCCUGCCACCGGCGUCCCCUAGAAAUGGAAGCCCAGGAACAUUAUCUAUGCCGAGUGCAGUCCUGCUGCCCUACUGUGCUCGCAGGGGGGAGGGGGGUGGGCCGGCCGGGACUCCCGCGCUGCUAUUUCUCUAUGCACCAGAUCGUAUUUAUGACUCCCGGGGAAAUAUCUUAUUUUAACCUUCAAGGAAAGUGAAAGAAACAAAAAGUAAUGCACAGUAUUUCUAGCAGAAAAAUUCUUUUUGAGAGGAGGUUUUGUCCUGAACCUCCUGGCAUGGGGGCGGGUGAAGAAAGUGUUUUUAUUUUAAUUUAAAUUGUGUUUCGUUUUGCUUGUGCAAUCUUUUUUUAAAGCCUGAGUGCUUUUUGGACUAGCCGGGAGAAUGAACGGCAGGUCGGUGCUCGGCCCCUGCAAACCGCCAGGCCCCGCGCUCCAGCCCGGCCUGCGCUCUGGGCUCUGGCCGCGGGCUCCCGCUAAGCGCUCUGAGCCAGAGACCGCCAGCUUGUUGAAAGUUUUGUUGUGUUGUUGGGUUUUGUUGGGUUCUUUUUUUCAUUUGCUACGAAACUGAGGAAAGAAAAAAAA